ACGGAAGUGCGCUAACAUCCGGGUCUCUUAAGUUUCGGUUCAGUCGGUAGACAAAAUAUCUGAGAAAAGGCGGAUUUUAUUGGACUGUUUUGGAUAAAAACAACAACAACAACAACAACAACAACAACAACAACAACAACAACAACAACAACAACAACAACAACUGGAAACAGAGGCAGGAUGUUAAUGGCUGAACAGUGUGAGUGUUAGCUCUCGGCUCAGCAUGACGUCAGUGGCAGACAAGGUGGUCUUCAUCCCGGAGCAGGCGUGUGUCCUCACGGUUCCUGUUCACUCACUGCCUUCAUCCAUCACCAAGAAGAUGUGGGCGUGUCCCGUUCGGUCCGACCGGCCGGCUGUGUUCAUCUCCCCGGUGGAGCUGAGGGAGAAAGGAACGGCCCACGAACCUUCACCUUUAACCCCAGGACAGUUCUUCCUGCCGGUCAUGACGUCUAACUCCAGAGCUUUCAGGAUCCUCAGGGACUUUCUACACUCACCUGAGAACUCACUGCCGCGUCCAGGUGAGAACUCACUACGGCAUCCAGGUGAGAACUCACUGCCGCGUCCAGGUGAGAACUCACUACGGCAUCCAGGUGAGAACUCACUGCCACGUCCAGGUGAGAACUCACUGCCGCGUCCAGGUGAGAACUCACUACGGCAUCCAGGUGAGAACUCACUGCCGCGUCCAGGUGAGAACUCACUGCCGCGUCCAGGUGAGAACUCACUACGGCAUCCAGGUGAGAACUCACUACGGCGUCCAGCUGAGAACUCACUACGGCGUCCAGGUGAGAACUCACUGCCGCGUCCAGCUGAGAACUCACUACGGCGUCCAGCUGAGAACUCACUGCCGCGUCCAGCUGAGAACUCACUACGGCGUCCAGCUGAGAACUCACUGCCGCGUCCAGCUGAGAACUCACUGCCGCGUCCAGCUGAGAACUCACUGCCGCGUCCAGCUGAGAACUCACUACGGCGUCCAGCUGAGAACUCACUGCCGCGUCCAGCUGAGAACUCACUACGGCGUCCAGCUGAGAACUCACUGCCGCGUCCAGCUGAGAACUCACUGCCGCGUCCAGCUGAGAACUCACUGCCGCGUCCAGCUGAGAACUCACUGCCGCGUCCAGCUGAGAACUCACUGCCGCGUCCAGCUGAGAACUCACUGCCGCGUCCAGGUGAGAACUCACUACGGCGUCCAGCUGAGAACUCACUGCCGCGUCCAGGUGAGAACUCACUACGGCGUCCAGGUGAGAACUCACUGCCGCGUCCAGGUAAGAACUCACUACGGCGUCCAGGUGAGAACUCACUGCCGCGUCCAGCUGAGAACUCACUACGGCGUCCAGGUGAGAACUCACUACGGCGUCCAGGUGAGAACUCACUACAGCGUCCAGGUGAGAACUCACUACGGGCUCCAGGUGAGAACUCACUACGGCGUCCAGGUGAGAACCCACAAGCAUGUUCUGCGUUCUCAAAAAGGAAGAACGCCAUCGUUCUUUUUGAUACCAAGAUCUUCCUCAUUCUAAGAGAAGCAAAGGCACCUGAUUGUCUCCUGGAGAAGCCAAGCCCCGCCUCACCCGAACGUGAAGCUCCGCCCCCAAAUUCACAGAGUAAAACACAGGACGACGACAUCACUGACAGGAAGAGGAGUGGAGAUGGUGCUGAUGCUGCAGAGGAUCAUGGGAAAUGUGCGCUAGAGGAGAGAGAACCUGAUGUGAUGAUGGACAGAGCGAAUAAACCGAUGAAAGAAGUGAGCACCAACACACCAAGAGCUGGCAACCAUCUCACAAAGCUGGAGGAGGAGGUGGAGGAGGUGGAGGAGGAGGAGCAAAGACGUGACCUUGAGACCAGAUCAGCUGCAGAAACUCAGAAGGGAAAAGAAAAGCGUUCAUCAGAUAACGAGGAUGAAAUGAAAACGAGUGAAGAGAAGAGUUCAGUAGCCAAACCUACAUGCUGCAAACGUCUCCUUUUCACCGGCGCUCAGAGUUCAUCAGGAACAGACGCAAACGAGCGACGAGAUAAAAGUGAGGUCAAAGGUCAGACCUGCGACUCGGCCUCCGUCAGCGCCGAAGAGAUCAUAGACGUGAACGCAGACGAUCGAGGUUCCCAGGACAACACAGAAGAUGCGAACAAAGAGACGGAGAAUUCUAAAAGUCACGUCAGCGUCAGACCGGGAAAAGGUCAGAGGUCACACAAAGAGAGUGCCGCCGAGAUCAUCGACAUAAGCGACGAUGACGAUCACAGCUCAGGCGGCGAGAACGCGGUCGGAACGAGCGCUAGCCAAGUGGAGAAACUGCUGGAACGCUGUGAAAUUCUCAAACGCAGAAUAAGCGACUGUGUAAAAUUACAGGUUUCAUCUCUCAAAUGUAACAAAGCAAGUCACGAUGUCGCCAUGGAAACGGGUGCCGAUCACAACGACCUGAUAAUCGUCGACGAAUCGAAUCAAAACCCAAGCAGCGGUAAACAUCAGGGUAAAGGGGCGGACUCUAAAAGAGAAGGUUGUGUAAGCGCGGUUCAGAUCUUAGACCUGGAUGAUGAUCAAGUUUCACUCGAAAGUCCAAACUCAAAGGCGGAGCAGAGGGCGUGUCCGAGCGAGGCGGAGAAGAGGGCGUGUCCGAGCGAGGCGGAGCAGAGGGCGUGUCCGAGCGAGGUGGGGCAGAGGGCGUGUCCGAGUGCGCCGGGGGAAAGUGUGGUAAAGAUCCUGGACCAGAGCGAUGAUGAUGAGGUCAUCAUAACCGACACAGAGUUCAGAAACUCACACGGACCUCAGAUCGGUGGUAAAGCUAACGGAUGUAAACGGAGGAUUAGCGGCGGGACGACGGAGGAGACGGAUUCAGGCGUAGCGACUAAACGAAGUAAACCUGAGGAGAAACCUUCAGAAAGUGCCGUAGAUGCAAAAUCUCAGGUUAAAAAUCAUACCGGUGAUGUUGAGAUCAUCGAGGUUGAUGAUGAUGAUGAUGAUGAUGAAAUCACUGAGCUGCCCACUGAGAGUCUGACCACACUGGAGAUAAUAAAAAGCUGUAAACGGGACGUUUCUGAGAGCCACAGAAGUGACGGGCUGAAGGUGGGGGUCGAAAGCGACGUUGAGGAUCAGAGGAUCGACGCUGAAGAUGCUUCAGACGGACACUUCAAACGUUCUCCUGGAGCUGAUGUUAAUCAAGCUAAAGGUUUGUUGCAGCUGAUGAGGGUCCAGGACCAUGAUCAGGAUCUGAGUGAAGAUGAUGCAGAGUCUAAUCAUGACAUUAAUAAGACUUUAGCUGAAGGUCCAGUCAGUAAAGUUCAGAGUUCUGAUCAAAAUAAAAACGUUGCGACCGCGACCACGCGAGUAAACGCCAUGAAGCAGAAGGUGACAGAUGAUGAAAGGUCCAACAAAUCUCAUGUUCCUGAGGUUCAGAGUGAAAGAGCGUCUGAGACAGAGAAUGACGUCUGGGUUCAGCUGAGUGCAGCUGAGGAUCCAGCUUGUGAAGGUCCUCAGGCUGCUGAUGUCCUGGAUUCAUCUGCAUUGUUUGAACAUAGUGAGUUUGAAGAAGAAACAUCUGAAGCCACCAAUCAGAGCUCACGUGAUGAGGGAGCAGGUGUGUGGCUCCUCCCAGCGUCUCCUCAAGUGGGUCACGCGGUGGAUUACGAUAUGCUGAGAAGGCAGGAGAACAUCAGCUGGACCCGAGAGAAACUCAAGAGGUUUGAGGAGAAACUUAACAGUCUGAAGAACCCACAGCACUGAUGGGAACGUUCAGGAAUGUUCAGGAAUGUUCAGGAAUGUUCAGCUGAUUUUUGUUUCUUAACUGCGAAAAUGCAUCAGAUUAACAAUCAGCUUGUGGAGAACAUCUACUUUAUACUACAGCAUGUGAAACACACACACACACACACACACCACGGAACACACACACACACACUCACACACACACCACAGAACACACAUACACACACACACACAC